GGGAUCGGCAUACACGUAAAUAGCGAACAGGUCACCCGAAAUGAUGUCGAGAAAGCUAACAUCGCUUCUUAGAAGCAACAGUUUGACAUUAACGAACAAAUAUUGUUUGCAUAUGACAUCAGUAUUAGGUGCCAAGAAUCCCAAAGUUGCUUUGAUAUUUUCGGGCUGUGGUGUGUACGAUGGAACUGAAAUUCAUGAAGCAUCCUCAGCUAUGGUGCAUCUGAGCAGACAUGAAGCUGAUGUUGGAAUAUUUGCCCCAAACAUUGAACAAAUGCACGCUAUUGAUCACACAAAGGGAGAGCCUAUGGCAGUGAACAGAAAUGUUUUGGUGGAAUCUGCCCGCAUUGCAAGAGGCAAAAUUCAAGAUCUGAGUGAACUCAAUGUAAAAGACUAUGAUGCUAUAAUUUUCCCAGGAGGAUUUGGCGCAGCUAAAAAUCUGAGUAACUUUGCCGUUGAGGGAGAUAAAAUGACAGUCCAACCAUCAGUGGAGAAGGUCAUCAAGGAAUUUCACUCUGCAAAGAAGCCUAUUGGUUUAUGCUGUAUAGCUCCUGUUCUGGCAGCCAGGACUAUCUCAGGUUGUACUGUAACAGUAGGACAAGACAAGGACAGUGAUGGAAAAUGGCCGUAUGCUGGUACAGCAGGGGCCUGUCAAAACAUGGGUGCCAAACAUGUCAACAAAAAUGUUAAUGAAGUAAAUAUUGAUUCUGAGAACAAAAUUGUAACGACGCCAGCCUUCAUGUGCGAGACAGCAGUACACCAAGUGUUUGAUGGAGUGGGCAAAAUGGUGGAAGCCGUGCUAAAGCUCUGUAAAUAGAACUAACCACUACUGUCAGGCUAUUCUUCUGUGAAGAUGUGCACAGGAUGACUUUUGAUAAGCAUGCAGCAAAAAUAUAUUUGUGUGAAUGUUUUCAGAGAUUUUUAAUCAAGAAUAAAGGUUGAGAAUAAA